AAGAAAUUUUAAAUUCAUCAUAUAAGAAUUGCCAACUUCGUUUCCAAAAAACAAAAGCAAAAGAAACAAGUUGCCAACUGUACAACUUGAAAGCUAAUAAGCCCGACACUUUGAUGUCUUGAAUUUACUAAAAUGAGAAGCACAUUUUGUGUGUGAAGGAACACAAGCGCACGAUUCCCCCCACCCUUUCCCCUCAGAAUGGCCGGCGGAGACACCUUGCCGGCGGAAGGCGGUGCCACCGCCGGGCCGCUACGCCUAGUCCGUGACCUUGCCCGGAUAUCUAGCGCCGGCUUCUCAGGUUUCUUCAAGAAAGACUGCUCGGACUUGGCCCGCAGAGUCUCACUCUUGGCUCAUUUGCUUGAGGAAAUUAGGGAUUCGAGCAAAAUCCCGGCAAUUGAGGAGAUGGGAUCUUCUUCCUGCUAUUCCUUCCUGACUGAUCUCACAAUGGCGCUUCAGGCUGCUAAGAGGCUCGUUUUUGCCGCUAACAACUUCGAAAAUUCGAAGGUUUCUUCUGAUGGGGCAACAAAGAAAAUUUACUUCCAAUUUCAAUGCGUGACAUGGAAAUUGGACAAAGCAUUGAUUGAUUUACCUUAUGAUGAUUUUGACAUAUCAGAAGAAGUUCAAGAACAGGUCGAAUUAGUUAGAUCACAGUUGAGACGAGCGAGUGAAAGAUACGGCGGGCCUCUCAAAUCAAGCAUACUGUAUAGGGCACUGUCUCAGCCACUGGAUAAAGAGAUCGAUCCAUUUCAAUCCGGCAGCAGGUCAAUUCGUAGUCUACAUGUGGACAAUACUGGGAUAAUUGAUCAUGAAGUAGGGCAGAAAGUGGAAGGCCUCUUGGAAGGAAAUGGUUUAGAAAACCAUGCUACAGAUAAUGAUAUCCCAAAUAUAGAAAGUUUAAUAGAUUCGUCCACAUCACAUGAGAUCAGUGCCCCUAAGGAUUCAGAUUCUGUGAGGAUAGAAAGCUCAACCUGCGGCAGAAGUGUCGAUGAGAACAAGAAGCUUGAUUCUCCUCUUAUUCCAGUCGAUUUUCUGUGUCCCAUAUCCCUUGAACUUAUGAAGGAUCCAGUGAUUGUGGCCACGGGGCAGACCUAUGAGAGAUCUUAUAUACAGAGGUGGAUAGACUGUGGCAACACAACAUGCCCAAAAACUCAGCAGAAGCUCCGGCAUCUCACUCUCACUCCAAAUUAUGUCUUGAGAAGUCUAAUAUCACAAUGGUGUAUGAAACAUGGUGUGGAGCAGACGACACCACUGAUGAAUGGCAGGAUAAAAAAGAGUGACGGGUCAUUUCGUGAUGUUACAGGGGACAUAGCAGCUGUUGAGGCUCUUGUUCGUAAGCUCUCUAGCAGAUCCACUGAGGAACGUAGGGUUGCAGUGGCUGAAAUACGGUCUUUAUCCAAGAGAAGUACAGACAAUAGAAUCUUGCUUGCUGAAGCCGGGGCUAUUCCAAUUCUUGUCAAUCUAUUAACAUGUGAGGAUGCUCAAAUUCAAGACAAUGCAGUGACUUCUAUUCUUAAUCUCUCCAUUUAUGAAAACAACAAGGGACUCAUAAUGCUUGCGAAUGCAAUCCCAUCGAUCGUUCAAGUCCUCAGAGCUGGAAGCAUGGAAGCUAAAGAGAAUGCAGCCGCCACCCUCUUCAGUCUGUCCCUGGCUGAUGAAAACAAAAUAAUAAUAGGUGCAUCGGGGGCGAUACCAGCUUUGGUGGAUUUGCUUCAGAAUGGAAGCUCAAGAGGGAAGAAAGAUGCUGCAACAGCAUUAUUUAAUCUGUGUAUAUACCAUGGAAACAAGGGACGUGCUGUCAGGGCCGGCAUCAUCACUGCACUACUGAAAAUGCUGACAGAUUCCAGCAGCUGUAUGGUCGAUGAAGCUCUGACAAUUCUGUCGGUCCUUGCCAGCCACCAAGAGGCUAAGUCGGCUAUCGUGAAAGCCAGCACGAUACCCGUGUUGAUAGACCUUCUGCGGACAGGUCUGCCUCGUAACAAGGAGAAUGCAUCCGCCAUUCUACUCUCGCUCUGCAAGCGAGAUCAUGAAAACCUUGCAUGCCUGAGUAGGCUUGGCGCGGUGAUACCCCUAACGGAGCUCGCCAAUACAGGCACGGAGAGGGCAAAGAGGAAGGCUAACUCGUUGUUGGAGACCCUUCGCAAGUCACAACAGGUCUAAUUACAGGUUUGUGACCUACCCUCGGAGACUUAUUAAUUGUUCUUACCGUGGAUUGAUUUAUCUGACAGCCAACCUUACAUGAGUUUUAGGAUGUGCAUGCAAAUGAAAGAGACGGCUUACGCAUGAGAAACCCAACAUAUUUCUCAUGCCUUCUUCCAUUUUUUUUAUUUACUUGAUUAAUUGUUGCAGUUUCCCAAAUGUACUGUGUUUAUUUUGUAAUUUAUGACUGAGAAAAAACUGAUUAUUGAUUUGAUAUCUGCUGAGAUCAACUGCUGAUCAAGUCUCUAAUUAAGGAGAUGAUAUGUUUAUGAACAUUGAUGUAAUAAAAAGGCAUUCGCAUAA